CAAUGGAUAGCAUAAGCAUUCCGGAGUUGCCACUACUGGCUUCCCCAAGUAGUUAUAGUAUUCCGGUGCUAGGUUUGGGAACGGCUGUGUAUCCCUUCCCUACUUCCGAUCAAAUUAGUGCCAAAGAAGCCAUUCUCAGUGCAAUCAAAGUGGGUUACAGACAUUUUGAUACGGCAGCGGCAUACCAGACUGAGCAGGCUCUCGGUGAAGCUAUCCACGAAGCUAUUUCGCUUGGCCUCAUCAAAUCCCGGGAUGAACUUUUUGUUACUUCCAAGCUUUGGUGCUGUGAUACGCACCCUCACCGUGUCCUCCCUGCCAUUCAGAACACCCUCAAAAAUCUGGGGUUGGAGUACCUUAAUCUUUAUCUGAUUCACUGGCCUGUGAGUUUGAAGACUCCCAGCUAUGACUUUCCUAUUAACAAAGAUCACCUUCUUCCUAUGGACUUUAAGGGUGUAUGGGAAGCCAUGGAAGAGUGCCAGAAGCUAGGCCUCACCCAGUCCAUCGGAGUCAGCAAUUUUUCAUGCCAAAAGAUCGAAACCUUGCUUGCCACUGCCAAAAUCCCUCCUGCAGUCAACCAAGUGGAGAUGAAUCCAGUAUGGCAGCAGAAGAAGGUGAGAGAAUUGUGUAAGAGAAAGGGUAUAGUUGUCACGGCCUACUCUCCUUUGGGGGGGCAAGGAACACCAUGGGGAUCCAACGCCGUUAUGGAAUGUGAGGUCCUCAAACAGAUUGCAGAUGCAAAGGGGAAAAGUCUUGCUCAGGUUUGUCUGAGGUGGGUUUAUGAGCAAGGGGUGAGUUUUGUGGUCAAGAGCUUCAAUAAGGAGAGGAUUAAAGAGAAUGUGGAAAUAUUCGACUGGGAGCUGAGUCCUGAGGAGGUGGAAAAGAUCGAUCAAAUCCCGCAAAAAAGAGGGUAUCAGGCAUUUGAUUUCAUAGCAGAUCAAGGCCCUUACAAGUCUCCUGAAGAAUUUUGGGAUGGAGAAAUUUAACGGUCAUCAUAAUGAAUUUAGGCUAUUUUUCAGUUCCUCGUUG